GUUUUCUAGCAAUGUCCAGCUCAGAACUCACCCUGUAUCUGGACCUCCUGUCACAGCCCUGUCGUUCUGUCUACAUUUUUACCAGAGCAAACAAAAUCCCUUUCAACCAUUGCAAAUUGCAGCUGUUAAAAGGGGAACAUCUAACUCAAGAGUUUGGGAAAGUCAAUGCUUUACAUAAAGUGCCUGCACUGAAAGAUGGAGACUUCACAAUGGCAGAAAGCAAUACUACUUUAUCUGGCUCGUAAAUAUAAAACCCCUGAUCACUGGUAUCCAUCGGAUUUGCAGAAGCGUGCCCGUGUUGAUGAAUACCUCGCUUGGCAGCACACCAACACCAGACCCAACAGUGCUAAGGUCUUUUGGACGAAGUGUGUAUCCCCAACCCUUCUAGGAAAGGAAGCCCCCCGUGAAAAACUUGAUGCAGUACUGGCAGACUUUAACACUACCAUGAAGAAUCUGGAAGAGAAAUUCCUGGGGAACAAACCCUUCAUUGCUGGGGAUGAGAUCUCUGUGGCAGACCUGGUGGCCAUUGUUGAAAUUAUGCAGGUAAUUGCAGGUGGUGUGAAUGUGUUUGAAGAGCGGCCAAAGCUGGGAGCCUGGAAGCAGCAAGUAGUAGAGGCAGUGGGAGAAGACCUCUUUCAGGAGGCACAUGAGUGGAUUCUCAGUUUCAGCAAACAAAAAUUUGAACCACUCCCAGCUGAGCUACUGCAGCGCCUGAAGAGCAGCCCACUUUAUAAGGACUGAUUAGACCCUUAAGUGAUUUGCACUUUUACUCCAUACUUUAACAGUGUUUCAUAUCCAUAAUGUCUAGAGACGUUUUGAAGGCAUUUAUGGCAUCUGUCACUGAUUUUAGUUUAGUAUUCAUAUAAAUGCAGUGCUAACAUGCUAUUUUAUCUACAGUCGUUUGCCCAUGUACCAAGCAGCAUUUAAGCUAUUUUUGGGAAAGUCAUACUCCUAUUGCAUUCCAAUGUCUGUAUCAUUUUCAACAGAGGUCUUUUGGUUUCAAGGGGAAUUACAUUUCUAUGAAACUAUGACUUAUCCCCACCCCACCCAAGUUAUGUGACCAUGAAAACAGCAUUCUGUUACUUUGGUUCCACUGUGUGCAUGCCACAGAACAUCACAUUCAAUUGGAAUUCUUUGGAAGGGGUAAAUCAGAAAUUAGACAAUCGUUAAGUUCACAUUUAACUAGUCCCUCUAGCAUUCAGUCUUUCAUAUGUUCAAAUUGCACAUUCUUUCUAUUCGAUCAAAACACCAAAAUGCAUGCUGUGAGUGAAUGAUGCUGAUAUGAAAAACCCUAACUGCUUACCACUUGUCCUUGGCUGUAAUAUAUCCUUGCACAAUGCAGACUUGAUAUAUAUACAUAUAUAUAUUUAUAUUUACAGAGGCUAGAAUACAAAUAUAGAGGUUGGCAAUACUUGUAGAUGACUUCAUGAGCAUUGUCAAGCAAUCAUUAUCAUUAUAAAUAAAAUCAUCUACAAAGCCCAUCUCUGACAGACAGUCCAUUGAAUAUAUGUUUAUUGUUAUGUAACAGUGUUAUACUAUAGGUUUAUUUUGCAUCCAGGUCUGAGAGAUUUAAUCGAGUUGCUGCUGGUGUAAAAUAUACUGAUGCCUUGUGCAUGACUGUCAUACUGCCGCUGUUUUGUUCUUGCUCACUAUGCAGGCAUCUUUCCUGAAUGGAAUAAACUGAAUUGAAUCUGCAUUGAA